GUUGUGGCUCCGCUCGCUGUGGAUUGUGGGAGUGAGUCCGAGUCGGGGCUUGUGGCUGUAGUGUGUGUGUAGCGGAGAGGGAGGCAGCAGUAGAUAUAUUGAACUAGUGCUUUAUCCUCAUCACCCCGAAUACUGGCACCUCACCAUGUCCAGCCGAGGAGGAAAGAAGAAGACCACCAAGACAUCUCGCUCCACGAAGGCCGGUGUGAUCUUCCCCGUGGGGCGUAUGCUGCGCUACAUCAAGAAGGGGCACCCCAAGUACAGGAUUGGGGUGGGGGCGCCUGUGUACAUGGCAGCUGUGCUGGAGUAUCUCACAGCUGAAAUCUUAGAGCUGGCAGGAAACGCUGCUCGGGAUAACAAGAAAGGCCGGGUCACUCCCAGACACAUCCUGCUGGCGAUCGCCAACGAUGAAGAGCUGAACCAGCUGCUGAAAGGAGUUACAAUCGCCGCCGGAGGAGUUUUACCCAACAUUCACCCCGAGCUGCUCGCCAAGAAGCGGGGCUCAAAGGGCAAGCUGGAGGCCAUCAUCACCCCCCCGCCCACCAAGAAAUCUAAGCUCCCCCCCGCCAAGAAGACAGGGUCGAAGAGAGCAGGGGGCAAGAAAGGAGCUGGAGGCAAGAAGAAGAAGCAGGGAGAGGUCAGCAAAGCAGCCAGUGCUGACAGCACCACCGAGGGGCCCCCAUCGGACGGGUUCACUGUCCUGUCCACCAAGAGCCUCUUCCUGGGGCAAAAGCUGAACCUCAUUCACAGUGAAAUCACUAACUUGGCUGGGUUUGAUGUGGAGGCUGUUAUCAAUCCUACCAAUGCUGACAUUGACCUUAAAGAUGAUCUAGGGAAUGCUCUGGAGAAGAAAGGGGGCAAGGAGUUUGGGGAGGCGGUCAGUGAGCUGCGCAAGAAGAACGGGCCUCUGGAUGUGGCAGGAGCGGCUCUGAGUCCAGGCUUCGGCCUCCCUGCUAAGUUCGUGAUUCACUGCAACAGCCCGGGCUGGGGCUCUGACAAGUGCGAGGAGCUGCUAGAGAAGACAGUGAAGAACUGCCUGGCACUGGCGGACGAGAAGAAGCUCAAGUCAAUCGCGUUCCCUUCUAUUGGCAGCGGCAGGAAUGGAUUCCCCAAGCAGACUGCAGCUCAGCUCAUCCUGAAAGCCAUCUCCAGCUACUUCGUCUCCACGAUGUCCUCUUCCAUCAAGACGGUUUUCUUCGUACUGUUCGACAGUGAGAGUAUAGGGAUCUACGUGCAGGAGAUGGCGAAACUCGAUGCCAAUUAAACUUCAAGCUUCAGCUUCACUGCAUCUGAUUAAACAGGGGGGG